UAUGGAGUCUGAAAUUUCCGAUAAUGAUAAUUACGUUGAUUUAAAACCUAUUUGGAUGGAUGGGUCCGAAUCGUACUAUCCAUCAAGAGUACUCGAGGAGAAGUUAGAAAGUAUUGAAAAAAAAUAUUAUGAAUUAAACUAUGAACAUAUGGAGCUCAAAAAUAAUUAUAAAUCGAUGGAAACUGAGUUAAAAACAAUGAAAGAGGAGAAAUUAAAAUCAGAAUCUUUAUUUAAAACAAAUAUUUCACAACUACCCAAUUAUAGAUCAAAAAUCGUAGAAUUGAAGAAGAUAAUCAAAGAAUUAACAUCGGGGAAAAAAAAACUAGAAAUAGACAUGAGCAAUUAUAUAUCGAAAAGUAAAGGAGUUAAAGAACAACUAAAAAACGCUAAAAGUGAAAAUUUUACUUUGACGAUUAAUAACACAAAAUUGUCACAAAAAAUAAAAGAUUAUGAAGAUGGAAAAUUGAAAAAGAUCAAGGAUACAGAUAAAAUAAAAUUGGAAAAUGAAAAGACAAAAGCUACAAUUAACGAUCUUAAAAUUGAGAUUUUAGCGUACAAGUCACAAAUAGCAUCUCUUAACGAACAGUUAAAAGUCAAAGAUAUAACUAGUAAUGUAUUAAUUUUGGAUAAUAAAAUAAAAGAUACUAAUAUCAAACAAUGUCGGGUAAGAUGAUAAUAUUUUAUUGCACAUACCUACCUAUUAUUAUUUAUUAGUAUACUAUAUUGAUAGAUAAAUAAUUAAGUAUACUUAUAAUAUUGUGUACCGGUUAAAAGGAGGAAAAUUAUAAACAUCAAAAAUAUGUUACCAUUGCCGAAAAAAAAUGUAAUAAUAUUGAAAAAAAAUGUCGAAAAUCAAUAAGUGAACGUGCAGGCUUAGAGAAGGCAAACAUGCGUCUAAAAGAAGAGAUUGUGACUAACACAAAGUUUAUCGAUGAAAUUGAAGAACUGAAAACAAAAUAUCACCUUAAAGUAAAAGAAUUAAAAAACGUACAGUCCAUGGUGCGAAAACAGGAGUUAGAAAUUACAAGCCAACAAAAUAAAACUGUGUAUUGAACGAAAAACAUUAUAUUAGUAGAAUACACGUUUUGGAACUAAAGAUAAAAAC